AUUUUAGAGUGAGGAAAGGUUACCUGGUCACCAUUUUAUGAGAGCCAGAAGAAAGCAAAGUUUCCCACCUGCCCUCCCUAGAUGGGGGUGUUCUUUAUGGUUUGGGGGUUAAUUUCUUAGCUGUCGCUCCAGGUAAGGUGGAGGCUCUUUGAUACCUACAGUUUGGUGGCAUAUCCUCUGGGCCAGGAUGCUUUACGGCUGGAGGAUUUUGCUUCAGUUUACUUUUCCACUUGAAGCUGGUACGGACAGACGGAUAAGGCAACAUAAUCCCAAAGGAGAAUCAGAAUGAAAUCUAAUUUUUCUAGGAUCAUUUUCAUUCACUGUCACCUGUACCUUUGGCCAUUCAUGACUAUUGUACUUACAUUAGAUUGUGCCAAAGGAGAGUAUAACAGACAAGGCUGUGCUCUUAGCACUAAUAUCUCCCCAAAUAGUUUCUCCAGAGAUGGAGACUUUACCUUUGGUGGCAUCCUGCAAAUAUGUGUGCAUACUUCUAAAGAGAAUCAAGAUUUCUCACAGGAACCAGAACCCGCAGCAUGUAUUGUGCCAUCUUUGCAGUAUCUACGCCAUGUAAUUGCCUUUAUUUAUGCUAUUGAGGAGAUCAACAACAGCGCUGGGAUUUUACCCAACAUCACAUUAGGUUUCCAAGUUUAUGACGCCUGUACCAGUGAAGUGAUUGCCUUAUUGAGCUCUUUCAGCAUUCUGUCAGAAAGGCCAGAGCCCGUUCUUAACUUCAUCUGUCAAAAGAGACAAAGGACAGUGGCAUUUAUUGGGCAUAUGUCGUCAUCUGUAAGCCAUACCAUAGCUGGAAUCACUCAACUGUAUCGAUACCCACAGCUUAAUCAGUACCUGAAAAAUGUACAUCUGAGAACAUCAUCAGGAACGCUCUUCCAUUUUGAUGAGAAUGGGAAUAUUCCCGGCAUGUUUGAUAUCCUAAACUGGAAUGUUUACCCAAAUGGAACAAUAACCAGAACUGAGGUUGGCAGCUUCCUGAUCUCUAGGGUUCCACAGCUUCUCAUUAAUGAUUCUAGAAUUACUUGGAACCCACACUUUCAUCAAAUAAUUUCGAUAUUUACUAAUGGGUUUUUGCCAGUACACCUGUUAUCCAGAAUGCUUGGGACCUGGGGUAUUCCGGACAAUUGACAAUUGUGUUGACAAGGAAGAUAAAAUUUGGAUGCGCAAUGAAUUUUGUCCCCCGUUUCGUAAAAAAACUCCCCAAUGGCGAAACAUGUAAAUUCACUGCCUGCUGAAUUUUUUCGCCCAUCACUAGUCAUGUAUGCAUUAAGUGGAUAUUGCUGGUAUAUUCAGCUAUUCUGGGCAACUGAUAAGAACAUUUUUGCAACCCUCAGCAUUCUAUAGUUACAGAAACAUUCAAAAUAACCUUAUUUGCCUUUGGCCUAGGGCCUUUCUAAUAGUUACAAUCAGUUCUUUAAAAAAGUUUUAAAGCAUUUUUCAUUUUGGUGGUGUGUUGUUGGCAAAACAAUAAAACAAUUUUGAAAUUUACAAAACAAAAGUGUUUUAUCUGAUUUAGUAAAAGUCACAAAAAGUCACUAUUGCAAUAAAGAGACUAAUGUAUAGUCCUUCCUGUCUCUGCCAUUUAUUGGUAUAUACUUUAUCAAGGAAAUUGGCUAUCUGGGUCAAAUAGAACACAUAUUAAAAGGCGUCCUGACCAUUUAAAUUUUAAUAGAGCUUGUCAAUAGUGUCCCUAAAAAUAAAUAAUCAUAUAAUCAUAUUCAUUAUUAUAUUCGUAUAAAAGUAUAUUGCUGACAAGUUUAUAUAAUGGUUUAGGAAUCUAAUUUCUGGUUCACAUUGUAUUUGUAUUGUCCUUUAAACAAUUCAGGACUAUUGUAUAGUACCAUAUUGUAUGGUCAGUUUG